CUGAAGCGACCAGGCAGCAAGAGCCGCGGCGGCGGCGGCGGCGGCAGCGCUCCGGGCAGCGGCUGGGACUCGCCCUGGCGUCCGAAGAGCAGCGGUAGCAGCAACGGCGGCGGCGGCAGGCAGGGGCCAGCCAGACUUCAGCCCUUCCCCGCCAGCAUGGAGAUCGAGAAGGAGUUCCAGCGCCUGGAUCAGGAGGACAGCUGGGCCGCCAUCUACCAGGAAAUCAAACAUGAAGCCAGUGACUUUCCAUGUAAAAUAGCCAAACACCCGAAAAACAAAAAUCGCAACAGGUACAGAGAUGUCAGCCCCUUUGACCACAGCCGAAUUAAGCUGGAGCAAGGUGACAAUGAUUAUGUCAAUGCAAGUUUGAUAAAAAUGGAGGAGGCAAACAGAAGUUAUAUCCUUACACAGGGUCCACUUCCAAAUACUUGUGGUCACUUUUGGGAGAUGAUUUGGGAACAGAAAAGCCGUGGAGUUGUCAUGCUGAACAGAGUGAUGGAAAAGGGAUCAAUAAAAUGUGCACAGUAUUGGCCACAAAAAGAGGAGAAAGAAAUGUUCUUUGAAGAUACAAACUUCACAUUGACUUUAAUAUCAGAAGACGUAAAAUCCUAUUAUACAGUCCGACUAUUAGAACUGAAGAACCUCAUGACACACGAAACACGAGAAAUUCUGCAUUUUCAUUACACGACGUGGCCUGACUUUGGAGUCCCAGAAUCUCCAGCUUCAUUCCUCAACUUCCUGUUCAAAGUGAGAGAAUCGGGGUCCCUGAGUCCUCAGCAUGGUCCCAUUGUGGUGCAUUGCAGUGCUGGAAUUGGAAGAUCAGGAACUUUUUGUCUGGUUGAUACUUGUCUUCUCUUGAUGGACAAAAGGAAAGAUCCUUCUUCUGUCAACAUUAAACAGGUUCUUUUAGAAAUGAGGAACUAUCGAAUGGGGCUUAUACAAACAGCAGACCAACUUCGCUUCUCAUACUUGGCUGUUACAGAAGGAGCCAAAUUUAUUAUGGGCGAUUCUUCGGUACAAGAGCAAUGGAAAGAACUCUCUAAUGAAGAUUUGGACCCACCACCAGAACAUACUCCUCCACCUCCAAGGCCACCCAAAAGAACCUCUGAAAUGAAUAAUGGAAGGGUGCAUGGUGAUAUGGAAGUUUUAUCAAAGCAUCCAAGGGCUGAGGAAGAAAUCAAGUGUGCUGCCAGCACUUUGGAAGCCAGUGUUCUGGAUGGCAGAGCUUGUUCCUCUGAGCAGCAGGUUAUAGAGAGCACCAGUCCAGAUAUUACGCUUAGGAAGAGAACUGUUGAUGCUUCACCGUGCAAUGAUGAAAUUUUGAAGCCAGAAGAAGAGGAUGAAGAGAGCGUGAUGACAACUUGGAAACCAUUCCUGGUCAACAUCUGCAUGUUCACUGUUCUGACAGCGGGUGCAUACCUCUGUUACAGAGUGUAUUUUCAUUGAUGGACAUCACACUGGUGGUAUCAGAAUACCAGUAAUAUCCGUGGUGUUUCAUUUGUUUCUGUACAAGAAAGCUAAAAGGGCAACUAAGCCUUAUCCAAGUGAAAAGUAUGGUAUGUUAGAGAAGUUGGAACUUUGGUUAGGGUUUAAAGAGAAAGUCGAUGCACUAGGGUUUAGGAUUUAGCCCUAGGUCCCAAGAACAUUCUAAUCUCAGGGCCUUAAGAUAUUCAGGAGUAAGCAGAGAAUAUGCCAAAUAAGUCUUGUGUUUUUCAUUUUUUCCUUAUUUUUUAAAAUGGAAUAAUAAGAGUUUACAACACAUUGCUGUUUUUUUUUAAAUAUUUUAAAGCCGGGGGGGUGGGGAGGGUACUUUUGUUGUUCUUUUGGUGGUUUUUCAGAAAAAAAGGAACUAGGCACAAGUGAAAAUUGCCUAUGUUCUCCAAGCAUGAUACAUGAUCGUAUUCCUUUCAACAACCACUGUAUACACAGAUGCACACCCCUGAAGAAUGUACAGCUUUUUUUGAGAGAGAGGGAGCUUUUCACUCUUUGCCUUUCUAGGGACUGAUGGCUCAGUCUAAAGAACCACUUGUGCAUAGCCUCUUAUUAGAUUUUGAUGUUGUUCAGGAGCUCCAGUGAAUGAAUGGAGACUGGACACACUCAAUUGGAUUGCACCCUGAGUUUUUUGGCAGUGCAAAUAAUAUGGGAUCUAUUUUAUUUUUCUCAAGUAGGUUCUUGCUUCAGUAACAUGCUAUAAACGGGCACCACUUUUUCUCAGGGCAUCCCAACAGGUCAAUGCUACAAUAUUCUCCCUCCUUUUUGGACAAAAUGAGUGAUUUCUCUCCCCACUCACCAUCAGUGCUCAUUGCUAUGUUGUCAAUCAUCUCUUGCACUCUUUUAUUUCUGUGUACAUGCCCAUUGUAUUGCACGAUCAACUUCCUAAAAAAAAUAUUUUGACUUUGUAUAUAGUUUCCUAUCCUCAUGGAGAAGGGGAAGGGAAAUGUAAGCAGAAUGUCCACCAGCAUUUAUAUCAGAUACUUGCUUUAGAAAAGGACCAGUGUGUUAGCUUUGUCAGUCUAUGGAAUGUAAAAUGCAAUCUCAUUCUAGACUUACCAUGUGAAGAAUGUCCUAUGCCGUAUACAGAAUAGAAGAGGAACCAUUUUAAAAUCAUCAUCGUCACUCUCUUAACACACAUGCAACCCUUCUUAGGCUAAAGAUCCAGUGCAGUGUUUCUCAGCAAAACCUCAGUGCUGGGCCAGCUCUUCUCUCAAUCUUUUCAUGUUAUAAACCACUGUGUUGAUGAUUUUCAGUGUUGUUUUUAGAACAAAGAUUCCAAGAUUAGUUUUUAUUUGGCUUAAAGAUCAUGCUGUUUAGGAGCCAGGUUUAAGGCUGUAAUCUUACGCAUCCUAGAAUGAACUCCAUAGUUCUGACUGUUAAUUCAGAUGUGUAAAGAUUGGUUGCUUUAUCCGUGAGCUUUCUACUUCUGCUGAAGAGGAGGUUUGUACCCUAACUCAGAACAAAUCCUUUGUUCCAUAUGAAGUUGAAGAGAGAAUUUGUUUGUAUUUUAUUUUAUUAUUUUAGGUACAGCUAAGCUUGAUUGAGUAUAGCUGCUAAGAAAAGAGUAAAAGUUGACCAAUCAUAAAUAUUGUUCAUAAAUGUUACAACUGGGGUAGUAUGCUGAAGUUGAUAAUCCCCCCCCCCUUCCACUCUUUAUAAGCAAUAUAAAUAACAAAAGAGAACCUUGUACAGCAGAGAAAGAGUACUGAAGUUGCAGCUGUUCCAUUAACAAAAUGACACCCAGUCUACAGUGCAAGUUAUUUGGAAAUUCUAUAUUCUACCUAUAUAGCACUUAACUGUCAUCUCUUUUUAAAAAUCUGUCAUUGUAUCAGGGUUCUCACUCCAUAUUUAUUUUACUCCUCAAUUCUGACCAAAGUUAGCUUUUUCUUCUUUAAGCAAAUGAGAUGUUAAAGAAAGGUCUUGGAGAAGGGGAAUGGAAGAAAAGGUGGAGUUGAAAGAACAAUUUCAAAAUGAGGCUAGUAUCAAGGGUUUUUUUUCAAAAUGACAAUAAUACAUUCAUAGGUAGUCCUGGAAAACUUACACCCUUACCUGUGAGAAAGAGGAAUUUUGUUAAGCAGUCAAUACUAAGUAAUAAUAUUGGAAACAUGAAAAUAUUGACAUGACUAUAGAAAAUGGCAUAAUAUAUAAUAGCUCAUCUAUGUAUUUUGCUACUCAAUAUGUGAUUGCUUUGUCCCUUCCACGUUCCGUCAUCCAGUAGAAUAUUAUUCAGACGCAUUUGUAUCACAUUUUUAUUCAAAUGCAUGUAUAAAGUCUCCUAAAAGUGUCCUGAUUGAAAUCCAUGUGCUUAAAGGGUGAACAUAAUUUUUAUAUUUCUGCUUUCUGAUGUGCCCAAUUAUACUUGCAUGAUCUGAUUAUUUAAAUGGCUGUGAUUCCAAGGGUGUUGCUGAAGUGUUUUCAUUCAGCUCAAAGAUUGGUAGGUGUGUAUGUUCUCUUUAAAAAGAAGCCUGGUUGCCUGUAUCUUGCCUAUUAUUUGGCAGUUUUUCUAUGUACACCAUCUAAACCAGUUGUAUAGCACUCAUUUCAACCAAGUAACUAUAGUACAAACAUUCCAGAGUGUGUACAAAGCCAUAUUCACACCUCUCCCUCUCUCACACACGCACCCUGGUUUUCUAUGGCAAAUUGCUGAAACGUGAAGUGCCAAGACAGGGGCAUUCAGCAAGAUGGGUCAAAAAUGUCAAGAUGGCAGCCAUAACCAAUUGAAGGCCCAACCCCCUUUUGAUGUGUGUGACACAUAAAAAAGAGGGAGGGAGGUUCAACCAUAUGGGUGCAGGUACCAUCUUAACCAUUUUUAUUCCCCAGAGACGUCCCUAUGCCAAGAUACAUUAAAUUGACUUCUGAUAGUCUGAAGGAAACAGUUACAUUGAUCGCUGGAAUAAAACUAGAAUUGAAAAUCUGUUAUUUUCAUUAAAAAUAAAGGGAUUUUGGGUUUUUUUUUUUAAAAAAACAAUUCUUUGAUGAAAGAAUUGCAUUAUCUCUUCCACAACGACAUGGUCAACUUCAGAAUGUAUCUCCACAGCAACGUGAUUGUACUAUAUUUAAUCUGUCAGGGAGAACUAAAUUUAUUUUUUGUUGUUGUCCCAAGACAGCCAAGAAAUCUCCUUCUGAUUACCAUGUUCCUCUCCAGUCUGCCAGCAUCACUAUUUGCCUUGAUAAUUUUGAACAAAAGAAGUGCUGUAUCCAAUCAAAUAUUUUUUAUGGUCAUAGACCAGCAUAAGAAGGGUGGAAUAGAAGUGCUGUAAGAAAUACAGUAGAAAGCCCCGAUAGAGCUCAGCGAGGUGUGGAUACGGCUUGUCAUGCUGAACUGUAAGCAUUUUGUUUUGAUGUCCUUGUACAUGUAAUGUAGUAGUUUGGGGUGUGUAUAUAUACAGUAGCAUUUCAAAGUGGAUGUAUUGGUUAACCUAUUCUCGGGCGGGGUUAGGGAGGGGGAAGGAAAAGAAAUAUCCAUGUUUAAACUUGUUAGAAAGUUAGUGAGCUGCUCUGCUAUAUGCCUUAAGCAAAAUAUUUACUCAUCAGGUCUUUCUUUUUUUUACCAAUUGCCAUAGAAGACUUUUUUAAGAAAAAGAAAUAAAAUAAAA